UAAGCUUUCCAUUUCAUUCCUCCUAUGAAAGUGACAUUUUCAAAAAGUGAUACGCAUCAUAUUUUGUGAAAUAAACUGUAAGAUAUAUUCAAAAAGUGAUUUUCAAAAGUGGAAUUAUAUGUUUACAAUAAUUGAUUAUAUUCAAAUAUCUGAAUAAUUAUAUAAAUAUUUAACAGGAUGUGUUAAUUAUUUUGAUGCAAUUUUGAACAAGAAAUGUUCAUAUACAGUGUAAUAUGCCCCUUUUAGUUUGCUAACGAAGAUAUCUUAAUGAAUUCACCAACACGAUAUUUAAAUUUAAUGUGGUUAUGUAUAUCACUGUCUCAGUUAAGGAGUGCACUUUUCUUCAUUAAUUACACGACAUUGCGAUAUCCGAAUGGGUUUGGCGUUUUACUCUGUCCUACUUUAUAGCUAAGACAUGGCCACUGAAAGCCAAAUCUAUGAAAACAUCGGAGAAUUUGAUGUUCGUUCGAUUUGCCGCUUGAAACGAAACUAAGGAGUGAAUACUGUAGAAGUUUGGCGUGGUGUUUGGAAAAGGUUCCGUUACACCCGAAGUUAUUGUUCUGGACGCUAACGGGAAUCAGAAGGAACUAGACGAAGUUGCUGUUGUUUUCAACUCAUACGUCACUUUAAUUUGCCGUACUGUUUCUAACGAACAUUCUUUAAGAUGGAUGUAUGCAUCUUCACAAAAUGAAGCAUUUACACCAUUGAAAGAAUCUGAACAUGUCAUAAUCUCUUCAGAGAAAAAUGAAGAAGUAUCAUUACAACUUAGCAAUGUCAGAUUUCAUAUGUCGGGUGUUUAUCAAUGUACAAAUGAACUCGCCAGUCGUCAGAUCAGUGUUCAUGUAUACGGAGUUUUAAGUAAAAUUAGCAGUACUGUCAAUUUGAUAAAGAAAUACGAGGUUGUUGGCUCUUAUCACCUGCAGAUUAAUGCAUUGAAUAUGACUCACCGUCCUGUUGUCGCGUGUGCAUUCCGAGUUGGACCAAAUGGUAUUAAGUACACUACUGUUCGUUGGAAAGGUGGCAGGUAUCAUUCUAAACCUAGUCUGUAUGAAGUUGCUGAAAGUCGAGACGAGAAGUCGGGUACAAUAUGGAGUAACUUAACUUUGCUACGGCCUUCUUAUGAUCAAGAAUUAUAUGGCAAGUACUAUUGUAUGUUCAAUGUAGUACCUGGUACAAUGGAGAUAGCCGAAGUGGAAAUAAACAUUCCACCGUUGAUACACAAAUAUGAACGUAGUGUAAAUCCGUAUUCUGGUGUAAAAUAUACUUUCUCAUGCGAUGUUGUUGCCUAUCCACCAAUUACUGAACCUAUUACAUGGGUUAGAAAUGAUGUUCCUAUAAUUAUACAAAGUAAUGGUCAAGCUUAUAUAGAGGAUUAUGACAGUGAAAAUCGUAUACAUUUUGAAACUAAAAAUGUAUCCAACGAUCAAAUUGUAUUCGACUCAAUACAACCAGACGAUAGAGCUGUUUAUUCAUGCUUUGUUCGUGGAGCACUUGGCAAUGAUACUGCAGCUUUUUAUUUACGAGUAAAAGAUCGUCGGGCUCCCCUGUGGCCUCUAAUUGGUAUAAUCUUGGAGGUAUCAAUUUUACUUAUAAUUAUUUUGAUAUAUGAAUUGAAACGUCGUGAGCGGGCUAAACGACGAGAUGCAAGCGAUAACCUAGUCGUUUCCAGUAAAACACCGAAUGCAAUGUAUGGCGUUGACGAAGCUAAUGAAGAUAUGUUAUUACGACAACGAGGUGGCUAUCAAUAGACUGGAACUCUGUCCAGUUUUCAUUGUACCAUGUUUUUCUCUCUCACACACAUACACCCACACACUCUCUCU